CGGGGCCCAGCCGCCAUGAGCGGCCCGUGGGGCGCGGCGGGCCCGGCGCGGCAGGGCUGGCUCUGGGGGGCGGCGGCGCUGCUGGCGCUGGGCGCCCUGCUCGGGGCCUGGCGCUGGGCCGGCCCGCGCCGCCGCCGCCGCCUGCAGCGCGUCGGGACGGUGCUCAGGCUCUUCGUGUACCCGGUGAAGUCGUGCCGGGGGGUGUCGGUGCGGCGGGCGCAGGUGACGCCGAUGGGCCUGCGCAGCGGGGAGAUGCGGGACAGGUUCUGGCUCGUGAUCAGGGAGGACGGGCACAUGGUGACAGCUCGCCAGGAGCCGCGGCUCGUCCUUAUUUCUGCCAACUGUGAAAACGGGCACUUGAUCUUGGAGGCCGGGGACAUGGAGAAGAUAAGCGUGCCUGUAAAGCUCCCCAAGAAAAAUCCCGUCCACAACUGCAGGGUGUUUGGACAGGAUAUCCAAGGCAGAGACUGUGGUGAUGAAGUGGCUCAGUGGAUCACCACCUUCUUGAACUCAGAGCCCUGUCGACUGGUGCAUUUUGAGCCCUCCAUGGUGCCAAGAAAGUCAAAGGAUGCAAUAGCCCUUUUCCGAAACACAGAUGAGGUUGCGUAUCCUGACUGCAGCCCAGUCUUGAUCAUCUCCGAAGCUUCAAUGGACGAUUUAAAUACCAGGCUGGAAAAGAAAGCUAAGAUACAGAACUUCAGGCCAAAUAUUUUUGUAACAGACUGCAGUGCUUUUGAGGAGGACACCUGGGAGGAAAUUCUUAUUGGUGAUGUGGAGAUGAAAGGGACCGUGUGUUGUGGCAGGUGUAUUUUAACAACCGUUAAUCCAGACACUGGGGUCAUCGACAAGAAGGAGCCCUUGGAAACAUUGAAAAGUUACCGCUUAUGUGACCCAUCUGAGAAACACAUUUACAAAACCAGCCCUCUCUUUGGGAAAUACUUUGCUGUUGACAAAACUGGAACAAUUCAAGUUGGAGAUCCUGUGUACAAGAUGGUCUGGGAAUGAAGGAGACUUUGAUCAGAAGAUGCUUUUACACUUUGAUAUGCAGAUUGUUUUUCCAUUUACACAGUCACCAGCAUAACUUUUUCUUCUUCCUUGCAAUAUUUUUUUGUGCUUUUUAAGGUGCAGGAGGUUCUUUGACGCUGUGAAGUGCCAGUCAUUUCAGAUCACGGAAUCUACUGUCAUACCUGUAAAAACCACAUCUUUAGUUGUCCUGUGGUGGUUUAGGAGGCUGUGGUAGAACAAACUGAUCCAUGACGGACUUCACAGCACUACUGUGAGCAUCACACCUCAUAAAAUUUCAUGUCAUCUGCAACAUUGGAAUCCAAAUUUGUGUACAAGAGUUUGCAUCAUGUGUUAGAUACAUUUAGUGCCUAUAAAGAAUCACAAAAACAGUCAUGUCAAGCACAAAGCAUAUUUGUCACAGAGCUGCCUUUAUAAGUGAUUAUGGAGUGCAGAUGGCAGGGCUCUGCUUCCCUCCUUUGGUCCUAAUCAUCUUGUCCUGUCUAUUUCCAGAGGUAGCUUUUAGUGGUGUGUCUUUCCUUGCAGUUGUUUCCUGAAGAUUGUCUGGAAAUAAUUCCGUUAUUGUGUACUGUCUCUUGAGAUUGGAGCAUUAUCAGAAGGAGGACUGUGAGCUGACUAAAUAGUCAGGUCUAGAGGUAGGGGUGCCAGGUAAUGAUGUAUAAGGCUGUGGGCUUCUUUAGUUUGUGACCUCUGCUUGACAGUUUGAACUGUCAAUUUUUUAUCCUGUGAACAAUACCAUAACACUGAGGUUGUAGAGUAGUGGUGCAUUUGCUAACAUAGCAGUAGAAUUUCCAGUUCGACUGAAAGAACUGGAUGUUCACUGUGUCAGACUUCGUGGACACUGGAGGGAAAGAAAAGCUGUAGGGGGUGAUCUGAUGUUGAGCCUGCCCUGUUCAAGCUGCUGUUCUGGCCAGUAUUGCAGGGCUUGUGCACAGCUCCUCUCUGGAUCAGGGAAUCCCUUUGUGUAGACAGUUAGGCUGCUAAGCAGAUAUUUGGGAAGCUGCAGUUUGAGCAUGUUAGCAUCCUUACUGGAUCUGCAUUUAAAUCUCUGGUUGUCCCCCAGUCGUGCUCCAAUCUAACCAAAAUGUCAGCUGUUUGUAGGAAGCUGAUAAUUAUAUCUUGUACUGCAUAAAACAAAUAAGGGAGAAAACUAGUUGAAUUACAGCAAUGUUAUCUUUUCUUUGAAUGUUACAUUAUUUUUAUUUAAAAAAAAAGUAGCCUCCAGGACAAAAGCCAGCCAUCUUUUGAAUGCUUGUCUGCUUGGUUCUUUUUUAUGGAUUUCUAAAUUUGAAAAGAUUGUUGCCCUAGCUUAAAAAAGGAAUCAAAUUAAGUGUGAAGAAGGACAAAUAUGAUCCUAUCUGAUGUUUAGAUUCUUCAUUUUCUGUUGUAAAUAUGAAAAAGGAGUUUUGGUGCAUGUUCACAGCUCAGACCUGUAAAAUGAAGAGCCGUUGAGCUUUGAGGAAGUGCAAGUGGGUGUAUGUAGCAAGCCUGAAGCAAUCGUGUUGGGAGGUAGUUUUCUAUUAUUUGUGAACUCAGAGUUGCUCUGAAUGCCAUUUUGUCAGCAGGUUGUUCUGUAAGUAUUAAGUUUUCCUGGGACAUACAAGUGCCCAGUUUGAAGUGCAUGUUGCAUAUUUGUGUAUUGUUAUGCCUGAUGCAGCAGCUAAUGGGAAGAAGUGAGAGAAAAAGCAUAUUUGAUAAAGAAAAAUAUUUCCAAGGUUCACUCUUAAAAAGCACAUGUUGAAAGUUCUUAGUGUUAGAAGCUGAAAGCUUGUGGAAUUCCUAAUGGUGUCAUUAAGCACAGGCAGCCUGCUGGCCUGCCAAAGCAAUUAGUUAAGAGUGUGUCUCUUCAUUAAGUCACAGAACUGGAAGGGAAAAGAGCUCAUUUUUUUUGCUUCUGGCCAAACAUUUUUUUCCACUGUUGUUUUAGCAGCAUAUCAGCAUUUACAUAACACAAAUUGUGUGGUAUAGAUCCCAUUGCCUCUCAUUAGGCUGCUGUCAGUUGGGCUGAUUUGGAAAUGGGGCUGUCUUUACAAGGAGAAACUGCCAUCUGCAUCCCUGUUUGGAAGAGGCCAUAGAUCUAAACCCCCUAUUUACUUCUGUUAAGCCUCUUAGCAGAAUAUGGCUGGAAUCCUAAAACAGGUCUGAAUCUGAGUACAACAUGGUUCACAGAUGACACUUAAAUCAAUUAUGUGGCCAUUUUGUGAAGCAUGAGUUAGAGAACAUGAGUUAGAACAUUGCACUGUAAAUAUCUUCUUAUGGCUGUUGAUUUGCUGUAACUAUAGGAAGUGCAUUUGAUUUUGUUUAAGCAGUUUAGGCAAUUGACUGAAAACGUGUCACUCAUAAGCCACUGUUUUUUAAAUUGUGUACUUAAACAAUUGUUAUUUUUUUAAACUCUAGAAGAAGAAAACAAAAGUAUAAACUUCUAAUGAAUCCAACUUUCUUAAGGUGUAACAUUUGUUUGUGAAAUUUUUUUUUGUUUUCUGUUUCAGCAUUUAAUUUUGACUACUGUUGGCAAGAUCUCAUAUAUAGUUAAUACUGAUGAUUGUCUUUUUUAAUCCUACCUCUGAAUUCAGAAAUAUAUGCAGUUAACCAGGAUAUGUGUAAGACAGCAGAACCAUCAGAUUUAAGUGGUCAUCAGGCUCAGUUUUGCAGUCUUUAUGAUCUAGAUAAAUGUGCUGGUUUUGCAUUAAUUGAUAUUUGGUGAGGAGGGAGGAAGAAAAGAAGACAUUUACAGACUUAACUUUUUUUCCCCCAGAGAUAUAUGAAAAUAGGGGAAUAUGGGUUUAAAAAUAGGAGAGUUUACUGUAGUCAAUCCACAUCAUAGAGUAUAAUACCAAAACAUUUUUUACAGCAUUUAUUGUACCAAUAGUUAUUGCAGAAGACUAUGUAUGAGAAUGACAGUUGUUAAAAGCAGAAAUUUCUGGAUUGCUUAAGAUUUGUGGUGGGUACAUUUUCAUCCAAGAAAACCUGAAAAAGAUCUGCUUCUGCAUCCUAAGGAGAAAAACAGCCUUCCAAAGGCAUCACUCUGCUGGUCUGUAAAAAGACAAGAGAUUCACAGAUCUUGCCUCUACAAAUGGCAAAAGUUUCAAAAAGGGCUGCCACAGGGUGUUGAUUUUUGGUCUAUACUAGCAACUUAAAUUGCCUUUUUGUCAUUCAAGAUCCAUAAGAAAUUCCCUGUGCUAGGUAGCUACAGGACUGAGGAUUACACAUUCAAAGUCUUUGUUUCUUUUGGGCAGAAGAUUCUAAAAAGUGAUGCAGGGAUAAAGCCUACAUGUGUAUCAGUCUUAAGCUGGAAGAGAGGCAGUAUUCAUACCUCAUAAAUGUUUAUAUUGUAUCUAAUCUUUAUUGUGUUAAUGUUAACAGUCUCAACUUGGAAUAUCACUGUUACUAGUAAUUCUUUGCAUUUUAUAUGAAGAAAUUGGUAAACUCA